UCCCUCUUUUCCCGGAGAUUUGGGAUGAGGCGAUUCCCAUUCCAGGCGUUGUCGCAGGCUCCUCCCCGCCAGGAUCGCGGCCACCUCGGUGCCACCUCGGUGCCACCUCGGUGCCACCACGGGGCCACCACGCGGCCACCACUGUCCCCGCAAUGGGAUGGGAACGGGAUCGGCGCCUUCCCGUUCCCAUCCCAUUCCCACCCCAUUCCCGCCCCAAUCCCGCAGCAUUCCCGGACGAUGCCCCCCGGCCGCUGAAUUUGGGGACAGCGACAACGCCGGACGGCGGAGGGGACAGAUGGCGACGGCCGGCAAGGGCAGCAAGGGCAAGGGGACAGGAGUGCGCUUCGCCCCCGAGGGGACCCAGGGCCACCCCCAAGAGGGGACCCAGGGCCACCCCCAGGAGGGGACCCACGGCCACGUCCACUUCCAGGAGCAGCUGCACGACUCGGCCGUGAUGGUGACCCAGGACAAGGACGGCCACUUCCUGGUCAAGGUGGGAUUCCUGAAGAUCCUACACAAGUACGAGAUCACCUUCCUGCUGCCCCCCGUGCCGAGGCUGGGCAGGGACGUUUGUCCCCUCCCUGUCCCCAGCCCCAACCUGCGCGUCACCAGUGUCACCUCCCUGCCGGAAGGGCACAGCGUGCGCUGCGAGUACACGGCGCACAAGGAGGGGGUGCUGAGGGAGGAGCUGCUCCUCGCCGGCCACAGCCCCGGCCACGUCAAGGUCACCGUCCAGGCCCGGGUCAUGGACCGCCACCACGGGACGCCGAUGCUCCUGGACGGGGUGCGCUGCGUGGGAGCCGAGCUGGAAUACGACUCGGAGCAGAGCGACUGGCACGGCUUCGACUGACCCCAAACCCCACCCCGGGGGUCCCCACAGCCCCCACGAAGGGUCCCCAAAGUCCCCAAAGCGCAGGAUGGUCCCCAAAGCGGGCAGGGGGACCCCCCCCCCCUUGUUGCUGCUGCUGCUGCUGCUGCUUUGCCCUCACCCCGCAGCCCCAGGGGGGUUUUUGGGGGAAUUGUGCCUCUUGGGGUGGGAAUUUUCCUCCUUCCUGGGCUGGGGAGGAAUUUUGCCUGUGGAAUGUGGGACGGGAGCGGGGAGUUCCCUGUGGCUCCGGGGUUGGGGCCGUGUCCCCAGCCGUGUCCUCGUGUUGCUGCCAGCGCCUCUUUUUUGGGUUUUCCCCUGGUUUUCUCUUUUUUUUUCCUUGGUUUUCUUGGUUUUUUCCUGGGUUUUUUUUUUCUCUUUUCCUGUUUUUUUUUCCUCGUGGUACAAGGACCAGGAGCAGUUUCAGGAGGUUUUAUGUGCCUAUAUAUAUAUAUAUAUAUAUAUAUAUAAAUAUAAAGAUAUCUUACA